UCUGCCCGCCGGGGCCAUGUGAGGGGGCAGCUCCCUCGACCGCCGCCUCCUCCUCCUCCUCUUCCUCCCCCCGCCCCUCCCUCCCUUCCCGCCCCCCUCUCACAGGGCCCUAGAGGAGCCCCCACAGCUGCCCGCCCUCCCUACGCAACCCCCACGAUGGACAGGAACUACGCGACCUCGGGCUUCGCGGACCCGCCGCCGCCUCCCGCGCCCCCCGCCAGCGCCGCCGCACAGCCCCCCACCCCGACCUGGGCCUACGAACCCCGAUCCGCGGCCGCCGCCGCCAGCAGCAGCUGCAGCAGCAGCGGCAGCAGCCCCAGCCUCAAGGCCAGUUUAAGCUAUGAAGAAGGACAUCCCUCACACUCUGAAACAGAUCUCCUUCAAAGACAGACAUUUGCAGCCUCUCAUCAGCUUCCUGGAUAUGUUCCCACACCUCAACCAACCGGUCUUUCUGGAAUAUUUGAUACUAGUGUGAACAGUGCCAGCACUAACACUAAAGAGUCUUCAGUGAUGAAUUUUCUCUCUACUGUUGAAUCCCGAACUGCUCAGGCUGCUUCUUCAGGAACUAUUUUACCACAGUUCAGGGCUCCAUCCUGGCAGACAGGCAUGCACUCCUCAGCUGCAACUGAGCUGUUUGUUACUGGACCCUUGCCAACCACUGGAACACUUCCACCAUCUGCCCUUUCUGCUUAUCAGCAUCCUGCCACCUUCAGCAAUAGAAACUUUGCUACCACCUCACCUUUGGUGCUUCAGGAUUCAACUUUUAACACUACAUCAAAUGGAAUUUUAAGUCCUCAUGACCCUUUGCUACAAAUCAAGACUUCCCAGGGGACUGUUCCAACUGCAUUGGCAUUUGAGCGCCUGGGUAGUUCUGCAUUAAGUAAUAGCAUACCACCUCAGUCUUCAACAUACCGCUCAGCUCAAGAGUCUGCACCCCAUCUUUUACAACCUCAGUUUAGUUUGUUGCCUUCAGCACUUGGAGGAGCCCAGCAAACUCCUCAAGCCUACAGUUCAGCUCUCUUUACUAGUUCUACUGCUUCCAUUGAAAGAGCUCUUCUUCGAGAAUGUAGUGUUAUUAAACACCAUCAGCGGCCUUCAGGAACCCAGUCUCUUCAGGCACAACUGACUGGUUCUCAACAUUCCUUACAUAAUUAUCUAUCAAAUGCAAGUGUAGUUAAUUUUCAGGAAACAACCAGGCAGUCAUCUUUAUCCUGCAGCCCGGGUGGAAAUUCUCCUCAGGGGAGCAAUGGAGGACCGCAGCAGAAGGCCUCCCAGGUCUCAACAGAACUGGCUCAGUCUUACUCAUCUGCAGUUCCAUCAUCAGGGUAUCCUUCUACUACAAAAGUUAACAGCUGUCCCACAAAACAACCACUGACGUCAGCCAAGACCCCGAAACCUCAAAAUGUAAUUCCUCCUUUACAGACACUAAGCUAUUCCAAACCUUUACAUAACCAGAGUUCUGUCAUAUCGGGCCAAGCACAAAUUUAUUCCACAGCGCAGCUACCGAGCCUCUUAUCAGUUAGUCAGUCCCAAAAUUAUGGCUUAGUACAGCCACAUAACGUGCCAUCUAUUGUUCAUUCACAGGUUUAUAGGUCCAGCAAGGUUGAGAAAUUGCCAUCCUUAUAUAAAACAUUGACUUUUUCUGGGUCAUCUCAGACUGUAACUGCUGAAAAUCAGACACUCAGUUAUUCAUCUAAUCAGCAAGAGGUAUUAUCUUCAGUUACAAAUGAGAAUUACCCUGCUCAAACAAGAGAUCUGUCUUUAGUCAGCCAGUCUCCAAGUUAUUCAUCUGGUCCUUCUCAGGGUUUAUCUCCAGUAAGCCAGGCACAGGUUAGUUAUUCAUCUCAAUCACAGGUUUUGUCAGUUGUUAGCCCUUCAGAAAGCUAUGCUUCAGGGCAGUCUCUGACAUUAACAGCCCCUUCUCUUUCUUACUCUUCUGCUUCUCAGCCUCAGAAUUUGCCAGAUACCAACCCAGCCCAGAAUUACAUUUCUAUGCAUUCUUCCCAGAAUGCUCAGACUCAAGAAUCAUCAUCUCCCCAGUCCCAAAAAUUUUUGCCUGCUGUCCAGUCACCAUCCUUUGCAUCCUCUACUCAUUGUCAGGCAUUACAGAAUAAUAAUAUACCUUCCCCUGACCCAAAGGCUUAUGCUGAAAGAAAACUUGACUCAAAUGUGUACACAUCCUCAAAGCAAGAAGAUGAUUUUCCAAUGCAAGAGUUACAGGUGUUGCAGUCACAGGCACCUCUUGAGUCAUCAACCCAAAGAGUAUCUGAGGGGAAAGUUAAUGCUCAAGAAACAACUUACAAGGUGUCAAAGGCAGAUGACAGAUAUUCUCAGAGUGUAAUCAGAAGUAAUUCCUGUCUUGAAGAUCAAGUUGUUGGAAUUGCUCUGCAAGGGUCAGAAAAAGAAGAAAGCAUAGUUGGUUCAGUGACUCAACUUAACCAGCAAGUUAGCCAAAUCAAUAAUGCUGCAACCCUUGAUCUUAAGAAGACAACUAAUUUAAUACAAACUCCACCAAUAAGGUUAAAUACUAAGGAUGUAAACCAGCAGCACUCGCUUAUACGGAAGGUACAUGAAGCCAAGGUCCAGGAGCAGCAUGAUCAAAUAGUUAACGCCUCAUCUCAGAUUCAAAUUCCAAAUCAUGCUUUAGGGCACGGCCAUCAGGCACCGCUUCCUAACACACAGGUCCUUUUAGAUUCUGCCUGUGAUUUACAGAUUCUUCAGCAGUCAAUCCUUCAAGCAGGUUUAGGACAAGUAAAGGCGUCUUUACAAGUCCAGCGUGUUCAGAGCCCCCAACAAAUAGUGCAUCCUUUUCUUCAGAUGGAUGGUCAUAUUAUUCCAAGCAAUGGCGAUCAUUCUCAGCAGCAACUCCAUCCUCAAAAUUCUGAAAUUAUGAAAAUAGACAUGUCUGAAUCUUCAAAACCAUUACAACAACAUCUAACAACAAAGGGCCAUUUUAGUGAAACAAAUCAACAUGAGUCAAAGAAUCAGUUUGUUUCUCUUGGAUCAAUAUGUUUCCCUGAGGCAAUGCUUCUCAGUGAUGAAAGAAAUAUUUUAUCAAAUGUAGAUGAUAUCCUAGCAGCUACCGCAGCAGCUUGUGGGGUUACACCUUCCGAUUUUUCUAAAUCAGCUUCAAAUGAAACUAUGCAGGCUGUUGAAGGUGGUGAUUCUAAAUCUCAUUUUCAGCAGUCAUUAGAUGUCAGGCAUGUGACUUCAGACUUUAGCUCCAUCACAACUACAGUAGGAAAGCCACAGAAUAUAAAUGAUAUUUCCUUAAAUGGAAAUCAGGUUACUGUAAACCUUUCACCAAUACCUACCCUUCAGUCAAAAGUAACUCUUGAACAACAGCGCAUUGAAACACCUGGUCAAAAUAUGCCAACCAAACCAAAUUCAGCAGUAGCUGGAGCAAGUCACGAAGUCCAGGAGCAGAAUUCUGGCCCAUUCAAGAAACAGUCUGCUACCAAUCAUGAAUCUGAAGAAGACAGUGAAGUUCCUGUUGAUAGCACGUUAAACAGUAACAGAAACCAAGAGUUUGCUUCUAGCAGUAGAAGUUUAAGUGGAGAGAGUGCUGCAUCGGAGAGUGAGUUCACCUUAGGCGGUGAUGACAGUGGUGUGUCAGUGAACCCACCUCGGAGUGCACUUGCACUGUUGUCCAUGGCCCAGCCUGGGGAUGUAAUCAGUGUCAAGACUGAAGAAGAAAACCAAGACUUAACACAUUUUAACCUUCAAAAGAAAAAGGCUAAAGGAAAAGGACAAAAUAAAGAGGAAGAGAGCAGUAAUCAGAAACAGCUGAAAAGACCUUCCCAUAGCAAACGCCAGAAUCCGAGAGGAACAGAUCUAUAUUUACCAUACACAUCUCCCUCCUCAGAAAGCUGCCAUGAUGGUUAUCAGCAUCAGGAGAAAAUGAGACAGAAGAUCAAAGAGGUAGAGGAAAAACAGCCAGAAGUCAAAACAGGAUUUAUUGCUUCUUUCUUAGAUUUUCUGAAAUCUGGACCUAAACAGCAGUUUUCCACUCUGGCUGUCCGAAUGCCUAACAGGACCAAACGACCAGGGACCCAGAUUGGUCGUACAUUUUGCCCACCACCACUUCCAAAGAGCUCAUCGUCUACAAUACCCUUGCCUAUAGUGUCUGAAACUGGAGCUAACAGUCCAUCAGAAAAAGCUGACAACGAACUUAAAAACAUGGAACAUUUAUCUUCAUUUUCAUCUGAUGAAGAGGAUCCUGGAGUAUGCAAUAAUGAUAUGUAUAAAAGUAUCUCUACUCCCUUAACUGCUUUGGAUGCUACUUCUGAUAAAAAGAAGAAAACAGAAACCCUACAAAUGGGAACUACUAGCCCAACUGCCAAUACUACUGGUACUGCUACUAAUUCAUCCACCACUGUGGGUACAGGUAAACAAGAAUCUCUCCACUCUACUUCUUCUGCAAUAAAUAUCCUGGAGAAUACAAGCACUAUGGAUCCCUCCAAGUCCAUUGAAGUUGAUGGGCUUCCUUCAGACCAGUUUGCAAAAGGACAAGACACUGUUGCCAUAGAAGGUUUCACUGACGAAGAAAACGUUGAAAGUGGAGGAGAAGGCCAAUACAGAGAGCGUGAUGAAUUUGUGGUAAAGAUAGAAGACAUAGAGACUUUUAAGGAGGCUUUAAAAACAGGAAAAGAACCCCCAGCUAUUUGGAAAGUACAAAAAGCUUUAUUACAGAAAUUUGUUCCUGAAAUUCGAGAUGGACAAAGAGAAUUUGCUGCCACAAAUAGUUAUCUUGGUUAUUUUGGUGAUGCAAAGACUAAAUACAAAAGGAUAUAUGUGAAGUUCAUUGAAAAUGCAAACAAAAAGGAAUAUGUCAGAGUGUGUUCCAAAAAGCCAAGAAAUAAACCUUCACAAACUAUCAGAACUGUUCAGGCUAAGCCAAGUAGUAGCAGUAAAGCUUCUGAUCCUCCAACAACAAAAACUACAACUACAAAAGCCCCUUCCAUGAAACCCAAAGUUAAACAGCCAAAAGUAAAGGCUGAGCCGCCACCAAAGAAAAGGAAGAAAUGGAAAGAAGAGUUUUCAUCAUCCCAGUCUGACUCAUCUCCUGAGGUCCAUUCUAAUAGUAGUGAUGAUGAGGAAUUUGAUCCGCCAGCCCCCUUUGUCACUCGUUUUUUGAACACAAGAGCAAUGAAGGAAACCUUUAAGAGUUACAUGGAGUUGCUUGUUAGCAUUGCUUUGGAUCCUGACACCAUGCAAGCCUUAGAGAAGAGCAAUGAUGAACUACUUUUACCUCAUAUGAAAAAAAUAGAUGGCAUGCUAAACGAUAACCGAAAGAGACUGCUUUUGAAUCUUCAUUUGGAUCAGCCAUUCAAGAAUGCUUUGGAAAGUUUUCCUGAACUAACAAUAAUAACUCGAGACUCUAAAGCAAAAAGUGGAGGAUCUGUUAUUUCUAAAAUCAAAAUGAAUGGCAAAGCUUACAAUAAAAAAACUUUAAGGACUUCUAAAACGACCACUAAAUCUGCCCAAGAGUUUGCUGUUGAUCCAGAGAAAAUACAGUUGUAUUCUUUGUAUCAUUCACUCCAUCAUUAUAAAUAUCAUGUUUAUCUGAUAUGUAAAGAUGAGAUUUCUUCUGUGCAGAAAAAAAAUGAAGAUUUAGGACAGGAGGAAAUUGUUCAACUUUGUAUGAAAAAUGUAAAAUGGGUGGAGGACCUAUUUGAAAAAUUUGGAGAACUUCUAAAUCAUGUACAGCAGAAAUGUUCCUAACAUUUCUACAAAAACCCCAUCUUUUUUAUAGCACUAAUGAAAUGGCGGAGGGGGGUGGUCAGAGAUAAUCAAGUGUCAAGCAGUGGUCUCCUGCAGGCAUGGAGCUGUCAUCGGGACCCCUGCUAAGGGACAGUGGUGCUGCUAAGGAAAUCAGUCCUUUGGAAAUGGACCUGAAUCCCACCACAUUUUUAUCCUAAUGAUUUUUCUAUUUUGUAAACAGUUGGGUAACUGAGUUUUAUUUUCAGAAAUGUUUUUUGACAAAUGAUGAAGCAUGCACUAAAUAUAAUUUUUUUUAAUUGCUAGAGAAAUAACACUUAAGUAACUUGAUUUUUUUUUUUAUGGCUCUGGCUAAACACCAGAAUGGAAGAGAGGUGGCAGAAAGCAAAUGUUUGUAUUCAUGUCUGGCCACAACCCGAAACUAGUAUACAUUAUGUAGACAGAUCUGGUGUGAUGUAACAUCCUGUAGGAGAGUAUCAUCUACUUAAAAUAUAAAAUUCAGAAACUGUCUUCUGCUUUAUGGACUCCUUUACUCUUAACAUGUUCAGGAAACUGGAUGUGGAAUUGGUGCAAUUCUGUGACUGCUUUUUGUGUCAAAUUAUAUUGUGAUGAAAAAUCAAUGACAUACUAUUUUCCCUAUCUUGAAGAAAAGUAUUUUUGUUUAUACUGUGUUUUUUCCUUUGGAAAAAUUUCAAUUGUACAUUUUAUUUUACUAAUAGUUGUAUUUUUCACAAGGAAAACAUUGUGGUUAUAAGUAUGUUCUCUGUAUCUGUACUACGCUUCAUUAUUUUCAGUAAAUUUUAUUUAGUUAUAUGUUGAAUUUCUAUUGUGGAUUUUAUCUACAUCUGUUCAUUCAGAUUUUCUCCAGUGUUAUCCAGAAUAUGCAUUCAGUACUAGAAUUAGUUCAGCUUUAUAAAUGGGGUUGUGUUAAACACUGCAGUUUUCUAAUUCAUAAAAUAAAUUUCUUGCUAAACUAGCACUUGAUUAACUGAUUCGCCAAAAGUCUAACUUUGUGAUAAAUUUUGAAAACUAAAAUGGAUAAUUAGACUAUGCAGUGUUAAACACAGUUCUUCCCUAACUCUUAGAACUGGAAGUGAUAGAAUUCUCUUUUUGGUGCCUUUUCAACCUUUAUACACACUAUUGUAGUUUUCUUAAGUUUAAUGACUAGUAGCAUUUCAAGUAGUUUAGCUGAGACAGUGAAUGUAUUAGGUUCAACAUGACCUGGUGUUUUAUUUGUGUUUGCCAACAGGAUGCCUUAUUUGUUUGUGAAAAAGAUCUACUAGUGUCAUUCUAAACUAUCUCCUUUUUUAGGAUUCUAAAGAACUUGUUAAACAUCAUACUUUUGUUUAUUUUACCACCAUUUAGUGCCUUAAGUCCUAUUAGGAAAGCAGUGUUACUGCUUACUGCCCAAAUAUGACAUGCUUAUAUGGAUAUUGGUAUUGCUUUUUUGAGUUAAGAAGCCUGUUUCUCAUACUUAAAAGUAUUGGUAAAAUAGCAAAAAAACUGAAGGUAACAUGGGACUUAAUUUAAGAAUAAAAUAUUUGCAUGAUACCAUUGGGUGAAAAAUGAGUAUUUGAGUUAGAUUUACAUAUUUAUUUCUAGUGGUUUUCUUAUUAAAAGCAAUAAUCCUUAAUACUUGUACUUGCCAUUAAACAAGGUACUCACUAAUGGAAGUUUCUCUCAAGGGUAAAAUUUUCCAUUUCUGAAAGUUUUUUAAAACCUAUUUGGGCAGCUUAUUUUGAAAACAAAAGUAACCUAUUAGAUUUAUUUUGCCUAACUCUAUGAGAGGUGCAGAGAAUAUCAACAAUGGGAUCAUCAUGAAAUUAAUUUUGUAAGUGGAGAAGAGUAGGAAGCAGCCAUAAUUCUUUGAUGGUAUUGACUCUGGACAGGAUUGGUUUCUUUCAUUUCCAAAGUGAAGAGUAGGGAAUUAUAUUUCCUAAUGUCAUGUUGUAAGUAUACAUCUUUGCAUUGCUCCCCAGCUUACUUUCCUGAAUCAUGGAUGAUUUAAAUAUUUUUGAAAGUUGCCUUGUGUAUAGAUAACUUUAAAGUAGAUUUUGAAAUCAUAGCCACAUUUUCUACAUGACAGGUCCCAUGGAAAGCAAAGACAUUUCCUUAAAGUUAGUCUUGUUUCCCAUAGCAAAUAAUGAUUUCCUUUUGAAGUGCAGUUACCCUCUAAACUGUUUACAGUUGUGUUCAUUUUAGUUGGCAAAACAAGUGUUUUCAUAAUAUGGGAGGCCAAGUCCUAUUGUACUGCCUUGUAGAGGCCCUGUUGGUUAAAUGCAUAAUCAUCUCUCGUUUGAUCCAUACAGCAUAGGUGAAAAUAUCGACCUCAGGCCUUAGAGAAAAGUGGGACUAUUUUAACAACCAUGCUUGAGUCCUCUCCUUGUAUGAAAUUAAGUGAAUACCUAGCUGGUUAGCAUUUACAUUCCUUACCAGGGAGCUUGAAAUUUAUAAUAUAGAAAUAACUUUAGGUUGUAGAUAGGAAUAAAGAGGUAAAUAAAGCACAUGUUACCACAACCCAGGAAAAUAUUUUUGAGAAAGAUUGGAUUUUCCUACCUAUAAAGAUUGGAAAUCAUGAAAUGUAAAAAAUCAGUUUGUGAUGAUGUUUAUCACUAGUUCAGAUGAGCGGUUGGAGAAGGGGCCUGGCCUCCUUGUUGUUUUCACUAUAACCUAAUUCCCACUUAUUUGAUCCUUUAAUGGAGUCAUAAAUUUAUAAUAAUUUAUGGAUCAUCACAGUAAGUCAACACUAGAAACUACCCAUUUUCUAUUACAGUCUCAAAUAGCAAACAUUGUUAAAGUGUAAAAAAAUCUUAUUUUAAAAUGGCUUAGAAAUUUGUCAGUUUACUUUUUAAAAUUCUAAAGUUAUUUAACUUUCUUAAAUGUAAAAAUAAAAAUAUAUAGAUGACUCAUUCAUUGGACUGUUUUCAAAUAUUUCUUCACAUUUCUUAAAGUGUAAUUUUCCUCUUACAAUACAUAUUUAUUUUCUUUAAAGCAGCUAUAUUCCUACCCAUGACUUUGAAGAUAGACCCACAGAAACCAAUAUAGCAGCAGGCAUAUGAAGCAACUUUUCCAAAAGUUGCUUGAGAUGUGUAUGUAAGUUGUGAGUUUUAUUGUAUUUGUAGAAUACAAAUUUGUUUUAAACUGUAUUUUGAACUGUUUCAUGAAAAUGCUUUUCAAAUAGAGUGAAAUAUCCCAGGAUAAUUGCUUCUGUGUCAGUUGUACUUGACACAGUAACUGCACAAAUGAACAAUGUACACUAUGGGUUGUACAUUAACUUCUGUGUACAACUUUUGGCAUCUGUGUUCACAAAUGCAUGUUUUUACAAAUCACUUUUAUUUAUAAGUGACAAUAAUUGAAGUUAAGGAUAUAAAGAAACCUGCAUUUGUAGUCCAGAGUUUUUAAUUGGUCCAUAAUACAAUGUAUGGAAAUGUGAAAGACAAUUUUGUAUAUUUGUUUGCUACUAACUCAGAUUAUUAAAAUGAAAACAGUUUUUUAAACAACAAAAUGAGAAUGGGGUUUUUUUGGCUUUGUUUUUUUAAGAAUUGAAAAAUGAAUUUCUACAUAGCUAAAAGCAUCAUCAUGUUAUAGAUACUUCACACAACACACAUCAUGUUAUGGAUUAUUAGAGUUGUUAGGUACAAAUGAUAUGGGGCUUGACUCUUUAUUUGUUCUUUUGUAAUUUGUUUUCGUUACACGGUUAGAAAAUCUUCAGUGCAAUCAAUGAUCUCCAUCAAGAAAUAUUUAACAUCUCUGUUUUCUCUGGUUACUGAGACUACUGUUCAUUUUAGUAUUUUCCACAUAUUUUAGAAAAUCAUUAUUCUUAUUAUCCGUAUUGCAAAUCUGAAUGAUAGCACUUAACACUGCACUGUUUUGUAACAUCUUGCUGCUCUGGUUCUUUUAGUACCUUUUUAAAUGUACUUUGUAUCUCAGAGAGGCUCUCUGAGCUCAGUUACGUAACUUGCCCCAUCUCCAAGAAAAUGUGCAAAAGAAUAUGUCUACUCUUGUUUUCAAAAUAGAAAUAUUUUGUUAUGAGAAAAACAAUAAGGCUACUCUUGUUUGUUGCUGGGGGAAAAAAAAAACUGUGGGAAAGUUUAAAGAAAAAGAUAUAAAACACUCUGUACUAGGUCUUGAUGUAGGCCUAAAACAUGCUGUUUCAUUUCCCAGUAUGGUAUAAGUCACGGAUUUGGUAUUAGAUGGCCCCUUUAGUCCACUGCGGCUUCUUAAAAAUUCCUAGAUUUCAGAGAUACUCACAUUUCAAUGAAAAUAAAAAGCACAUUCCAAAGUGAAAUCAAAAUGAUCUGGGUUGUUGAUCAUUUUAAGUUAUGUAUAUAUCUGUUCUUCAGCUAGGAUGAAUAAUUUAGAGCUGCCUGGUUUCAAAUGAAAGGAAGAUACAAUUACCUGUCAGUCUUGUUAAACCUGAUCUAUUGUGUGACAUUAAUCGGAGGUCUGGAAAUUGCUUUGCAAAAAUCACUCGUGUUUUAAUGUGUAUUUUACCCGUGAAGCUUGAUGUUUGUUGAUUUCACUCAAAUUAAAUCUAGGUCUUCUUUGCGUUUUAGUCCUUAAAAGUAUUUAGAAUAAGGAAAGCAACAACAAAAAUCAUUUUAACAUAGAAUAAUAAAGGACAUGAUAGAAAUGUUUCUCUAAAACUGUAACCAGAAUUAUUGUUACCUUCUCAUCUUCACAGCCUUUCUGUGGUUUUCCAUUAUUUUUAACCCAGUUAUCACAGUUUACAAAGAAAUAGUCGCCUUUAACUUUCUUGUCCUUCUUUUUGCCUGCUGUGGCCCAGUCUUGGGGACCGCCUUUAGGUUUUAAUCCUUUAGACCAGAUUAGCUGCCCUUGAUUCUUACAGCGUAGCAUUCACCAUAUUUUGGUGUAGUUGAGUAAUUAGGGGUCUCUCCUGCUGCAUCCUGUUAUCUGAUGAUAGGACCCAUGUCUGUUUUGCUCACCAUUGCAUUUCUGGCACCUCUACAAUAUCUGGAACAUAUUAUAUUUUCAUUAAAUAUUUGGUGAAUGGUCACGUGAAAGAAAAGUUACAGGGAAUAUUAAAAAGAUAAAGACAGCAAAGUAUAGAUUUCGCAGUAAAGACACAGCUAACCCUAAUGAGAAGUAGUAAUUGCAACAUUAGAAGAAAGUGAAUAUACUGAGAGUUUGUAUAGUAUCAAAAAUUGUUGGUAUUUUUUGAAAAAGUGAACAGCAGUAGCCAUUUCUUAUUUUUUUGACAGGCAGAGUUAGACAGUGAGAGAGAGAGAGAAAGGUCUUCCUUUUCCAUUGGUUCACCCCCCAAAUGGCCACUAUGGCUGGCAUGCUGUGCCAAUCCAAAGCCAGGAGCCAGGUGCUUCCUCCUGGUCUCCCAUGUGGGUGCAGGGCCCAAGGACUUGGGUCAUCCUCCACUGCCCCCUGGGCUACAGCAGAGAGCUGGACUGGAAGAGGAGCUACUGGGACAAAAUCUGGUGCCCCAACUGGGACUAGAACCUGGGGUGCCAGCGCCACAGGUGGAGGAUUAGCCUAGUGAGCCUUGGCACCAUCCUAGCCAUCAUUUUUUAAUUUUGUCCUCACACACAGAGAUAAACAUUCCUGUGUCUUUGAGGCUUGAGAUUCUCCAACACAGAAUGAUGGAGGGAGGGAAGAAAUUCCUGGUAAACAUUUUAAAAUGUUUGUUACAUUCCUUCAUUGUGAGUGGAGUAACCCAGUAGAGGGGUUUAUUUAUUUGGGAAGUUCAUUGAAGUAGUAAGGAUUCAGCUGAGCCUCAGGCUAGGAGACUUGACAGAUCUACAUGAGAAAGAAGGCAAAACACUUAAGUUUGUGGUCAGGAGAAUGGUGUCUGUUUCAGUUCUACCACUAAACUAACUCUGUCCUCAGGCAUAACAUUUGGAACCUAAUCUGAUUUUAUUUUCUUAAGAUUCAUUUAUUUGAAAGGAAGAGACAGAUCUACCAUGCCCUGGUUCACUCCCCUAAUGGCUAUAAUAGCCAGGACUGGGCCAGGCUGAAGCCAGGACCUUAGGAGCUUCUUCAGGGUCUCCCACAGCUCAAUCACUUGAGCUCUUCCCCUGCUUUCCCAGGUGCAUUGGCAGGGAGCUGGAUCUGAAUUGGAGCAGCAGAGGCUUGAACCAGUGCCUGUAUGGAUUCCGGCAUUGCAGGCAACGGUGUAGGCUGCUAUGCCACAAUGCUGGCCCCUGAAUCUAUUUUCUUAUCCUGAAGGUGAAGUAAGAAACAAAGUCUUUUGAAGCUGUUACUGUUCUUUGAUCCUAGAUGGACUAGAAUGCUGAGAGCAGAGUGGUUCUAUCUGGAAGCACCAGAUGAGCAGAGUAGCAGAGUAGUGAAAAUGGAAAGGUCUUAGCAUAGUUCUACUUCUUGCGAGACUGAGUUCAAGACCAAUUCAGUCAUGUUGUGCACACACGCGCUCCCCUCCUCAGCAGUGCUUCCUUCCUCAUGGGACACCAAUAUAAUAUUAGAACCACAUCAGCAUCUAUUAUGAAAUGCUUAGGAUCUGUAUCCAGAGCCUUCAUUCUUCUCCAGCAGCACAAUAGGCUCCUAGUAGGUUUGUGUUCAAUAGAUUAGUAAAUGUAUAAAUGAGAGUGUUUCAAGCUUGGCCUCUUAGGUGGUUCAGAAUGCCCUCUUGUCAGUGGUAUGUUCCAUGCUUCUUUCUUGUAUGUUUGUAUGUGGGCUUUUUUUUUUUUUUUUUUUUUUGGAAAGGCAGAGUUAGGAGAGAGAGAAAGAUCUUCCACCUGUUGGUUCACUCCCCAAACGGCCACAACAGUUGGAGCUGGGCUGAUCCAAAGUCAGGAGUUUCUUCCUGGUCUCCCAUGUGGGUGCAGGAGCCCAAGGACUUGGUCCAUCCUCUGUUGCUUUCCCAGGCCAUAGUAGAGAGCUGGAUUGGAAGUGGAGCAGCUGGGACAUGAACCAGUGCCCAUAUGGGACACCAGCACUACAGGCCGUGGCAUUAACCCGCUGAGCCACAGUGCUGCCCUCCCCUCGCUUUCUGUCUUUAAAAUGUCUCCGACAAAAAAAAAAUGUCUCCAACAAUAGCCAUCCUUUUCUUGUCAUUCUUAGUUCUCAUUGUGCUUGCUUUUCAACAGACUGGAAUCCAUUCUCAUUUAAUUAUCAUAUUUAGCUUCCAUCCAAUCUGUGGAUGUGAAUUGGCCACAGGUUCUUUGAGCAAUGAAAGAGAGAAUUAAAAAUACUAGUAGCAGCCUAACAGAAAGAACCUGGCUAUAGAAGUCGAGAAGUAGGAUUUUUCACAGCAGAUACUAAUGUAAGUACAUUAACAUUAUCACAGGAGUUUGCAAAUAAAUCGCUAUUUAAAAGAUUAUAUAUUAAAGCAUCAUUCAAAAUCAUUGCAAAGGAAGAACUUGACUUUUAAAUCUGCCCAUACUGCUCAUGAGCAAGUACAGCAUUCAAAUGAGAAAUAUGAGAAGUCACCCCUGAUGGAUACAGCUGACCACUAUUCUGCUCACACUUCUAUAACAAAACAUAGACUGGUGGCUUAAGCAACAGAGAUUUUCUCACAGUUCUGGAGGUGGAAGAUCUUAGAUCAAGGGCAACAAAGUUGGUUUCUGGUGAAGUUUCUCUUUCCUGGCUUGCAAACAACUGUAUUCUCACUGCCCUUACAUAGAACAAGUAUUAACAGUUAGUACUGGGCAUUUGGGGAAUGAGCUAGUGGAUGGAAGAUCUCUUUCUCUGCCUUUCAAACAGAUUAAAUAACUAAAUAAAAAUUAAAGCAAAAGUUAGGGUUAAGCCGGCGGGCUCAAUAGGCUAAUCCUCCACCUUGCGGCGCCGGCACACCGGGUUCUAGUCCCGGUUGGGGCGCCGGAUUCUGUCCCGGUUGCCCCUCUUCCAGGCCAGCUCUCUGCUAUGGCCAGGGAGUGCAGUGGAGGAUGGCCCAGGUGCUUGGGCCCUGCACCCCAUGGGAGACCAGGAAAAAGCACCUGGCUCCUGGCUCCUGCCAGGAUCAGCGCGGUGCGCCGGCUGCAGCGGCGGCCAUUGGAGGGUGAACCAACGGCAAAGGAAGACCUUUCUCUCUCUGUCUCUCUCUCUCACUGUCCACUCUGCCUGUCAAAAAAAAAAAAAAAAAGAAUAUAUUUUCUAAAUUUUCAAUAUUAAGUGUAUGAUGGUAUCACUUCUGUGGUAUUCCUACUGAAAGUAAAUGGCAUUUUCUUGUGAAGAAGUGGAAGAUAAAUAUAAGUUGACUGAUAUUCUUAAAAAAUUAUUAAUAAAACAUAUAUUAUUAAAAAAUGUCAGUUUCCUGAAAACCAUGUGCAGAGGAGCUAUUUCAGAUAAGUGAAACUAAAGAGAUGGGUGCCUGGGAUUUAUUUUGUUUUUGAACUUAUAUUUUACUGUAAUGGAAAGCAUCAUUGGGACAUUGGAUAAAAUUUGAAUGAUAAUAUUGUAUUUAAUGUUAAUUUCCUGAUUUUGAUGAAUAUACAGUGGGUAAGUAAGGUGUUGCCUUUAGGAAGUACCCGCUGAAUGAAGUGUUUGGUGGUUUGGUGGAUAAGUAGUACAUCUGCUGCUUACAUCCAGCUUGGCUCAGAAAUAAAUAAUUGUAUUUGUUGGGGCUUGUGUUGUGGCAUAACAGGUUAAGCUGCCACCUGCAACCCUGUCAUCCCAUAUGGGCACCAGUUCAAGUUCUGGUUGCUCCACUUCUGAUCCGCUACCUGUUAUUGGCGUCUGGGAAAGCAGCAGAAGAUUGCCCAAGUGCCUGGGACCCUGCACCCACGAGGGAGAUCCAGAAGAAACUUUUGGCUGUUGUGGCCAUUUGGAGAGUGAACCCAUGGAUAGAAGACCUCUGUGUCUCUGUCCCUGUCCCUAUCCCUCUCUCUGUCUCUCUCUUUAACUCUGCCUUUACAAAUAAAUAAAUAAAUCUUAAAAAAAAAAACCCUAUAAUUUGUGUGCAUAUAAAAGAAAAGGAUAAUACCAAUGGAGUUUUAAUAUUUGGGGAAUCUGGUUGAGGGUAUUAUUGACAUUCUUUGUACAAUUUUUACUCUUUUCUGUAAGUCUAAAAUGAUGUCAAUAUCAGUAGUUAUAAAAGUAUAAGAAAAAAUUUGUUUGGCUGUUUAGCGACAAUUAAGAAAUAGUAAAUUCUAUGGUGCUGGUUCCUCAUUAAUGCAUAGGUUUGUGGUCAUAUAAUUAAAUAAUGGAAUUGAUAAUACAUUUAAUAGUUCAUAAAGUAAAAAUUAUUUUUUAAAGAUUUAUUUGAAAUGCAGAGUUACAGAGAGAGAGGAAGAGAGGAGAGAAUGGUCUUCUAUCUGCUGGUUUACUCCCUAAUGGCUGUAAUAGCUGGAGAUGGGCCAAUCCCAAGAUAGGAGCCAGGAGCUUCUUCUGGGUUUCCCACAUGGGUGCAGGGGCCCAAGGACUUGGGCCAUCUUAUACUGUUUUCUCAAGCCAUAGCAGAGAGCUGGAUUGGUAGUGGAGUAUCUGGGACUUGAACUGGCACCCUUAUGGGAUGCCAGCACUGCAGGCAGGGGCUUUACCCGCUGUAUUUCUGUAUGUGGUGUUGAGAAGCUUGUACUUUGACUGCAUAGGCUUGUUUGUUUACAAGCCGGCCAUGCCCAUUAAGUGAGAGAUCUUGAAAAGUUACUUCUGGGCUUUAGUUUCCUCAUCUUUCAAGUGGGAUAAUGUAGUAUGUGUCUCAGAGGCUUCUGUUAGGAUUAAAUGAGAUAAAAAAUAUAAAACAUUUAACCCAGAAUCUGACUCCUAAUAUGAAGACUCAGUGUCUUGUCUUGCUCUUAGGACUCAACACCAAGCCAGAUGAUUAAAUCAUUUAUUGCAGUUAAAUGGUUUUAGUUAAUUUAGUCUAAGCAUACCUUAUUUAUAUAUAAUGAGCUCCUUUUGGCCUUUUCAUUUUUUUUUUUUUUUUUUUUUUACAGAUUUAUUUUAUUGAAAAGCAGAGGAAGCGGGGAUGGGGUGAGGAAGGGAGAGAGAUAUCUUACAUUCACUGGUUCAUUCACCCCUCAAAUGGCCAUCACUGCAGGACUGGGCCAGACUGAAGCCAGAAGCUCAGAACUCUAUCGAGGUCUCCCCACUUGAUAGGAAGUGUCUCAGGCAGGACUUGAACCCAUUCCCAUAUGGGAUGCCAGUGUCACAGGUGGCUGGUUAACCCGCAGUGCUGCUGCAAUACUGGACCGCUGUUGCAUGUUAUUGAUGAUAUAUUAUAAUUUUAGUGUAUUUUGUAGUCAAACUGAAUAUUGCAUUGUUUUGUACCUCUUUCCUAAUUACCUAUAAAUUUGAAACAGGUACAUUUAUCUUGUUGUCACCUCAUAGAAUGGAAUAUUGAUAGUGUUGCAAAGUGCAGGUGAAAGGAGCCUGUACUGUGACACAGUGGGUUAAGCCUUCAUCUGUGACACAGUGGGUUAAGCCUUCAUCUAUGACACCAGCAUCCUAUAUGGGCAUUGGUUUGGGUCCCAGCUGCUCCACUUCUGAUUCAACUCCCUGCUAAUGUGCCUGGGAGCUCGUUGGAAGAUGGCCCAAGUCCCUGGGCCCCUGCCUCCCAUGUGGGAGACCCGGAAGAAGCUCCUGGCUCCUGUCUUCCGCCUGAUCCAGCCCUGGUAGGAAGAUCUCUCUUUCUCUCGGUGUCUCCUGCUUGUAACUCUGGUUUUCAAAUAAGUAAAAAAAAAAAAAAAAAAUCAAAACCUUAAAACAGAACUUCAGUACAGUGUUAAUGCAGUGGCACACAUACGUAAGCUGUGAUAAUCAGAUUAAGUUUUCUAUUUCCAUUAGAAUGUAGACCACAAUGUAAAGAACGGACAUAUCCAAUUUUAGUUAUUGCCAUGUUUCUUUCUUUGUGUUUUUCAUGUACUUUUCCUAUUACCAUACUAAUUUAGUUCCUUGGCUUUUUUUCUGCAUAUUUGUUAGUGAUGUUAUCAGGUUAGCCUAGCUUCUCAGUUCUUCCAUAUCCACAAGAAUUUUUAAUGAUUUUGCACUGUUCUUUGUAGAUAAAACAGGAAGCAAAUAGUACUGGAGUGCUUUCUCACUCUUGUGUUGCAAAAUAUUAGCUAUUGAUCAGUCGUAGACUAAAAUGCAAAUUCCUGAUGCGUCUAGCUUUUUUUGGUAUUAGGCUAUAAACUAUAUUUGGCAUUUUGGUAAUGAAUAUUAAGUCUUUACUAUGUUCUCUCCUCCACAUCUCAAGUUUAAAAUUUAAUAGGCUUUGAAAGUAUUUAUUACUGCUGCUGUUCUUUGUACUUGGUGCUUUGCUCUGGAUCAUUGUCCUGCAUACUUAAAAGAUUAAGUGGACUUGCUAUAAGGAUAUUUUUAAUUGUGAUAUUUUUAGCCCACAACACAAACUACAUUUGAAUGAGUGCCUAUUUUAAGAGUGUGUGCUUUGAUUACAUUACAUCAUGUUAUUGGAUAGUUGCAGUUACAGUCUUAAAAACCAUAUGAGUGAAUGUCUUAUUUGAUAGUGCUGUUAUUUCUUAUGGAAACAAUUCUCAUAUUAUAUAAAGACAUUUAUAACUUAGAAAGAAAAACAUAUAAAAAAAGAAAAACAUUUAUAAAAGUGGUCAGUCAUUGUUUUUAUUUUUUUUUAAAGAUUUAUUUUAUUUAUUUGAAAGACAGAGUUAGAGAGAGGUAGAGACACAGAGAGAGAUUCCCUUUGGAUUAAGUCUGUGGCCUCCCACCCAUUCCAGGCUAUGGGGGACUCUUGGUGUGUCUAAUGCUCUCCUUCCUUCCUUUCUUUUCAUUUCUUUUUUUUUUUAUACAUAUUUAUUUAUUAUUUGAAAGAGUUACAGAGAGAGGAAGAGAACUCUCUCUUACAUCUGCUGGUUCACUCCCCAAAUGGUCGCAAUGGUCAGGGUUGGGCCAUACUGGAGCCAGGAGCUUCUUUAGGGUCACCGAUGAGGGUGCAGGGGCCCCAGGACUUUGGGUCAUCCUCUGCUGCUUUCCCAGCCACAGUAGCAGGGAGCUGCAUGGGAAUUGGAGCAGCUGGGACUCUAACCGGUACCUAUAUGGGAUACCGAUGCUGCAGGCUGGGGUUUUAAUCCACUGUGCCAAACAGCACAGGCCCCUUAUUUGUGUUUCUAAGACUGUUGACGUUUUGUUGGUUGUAAAAAAGGCAUCAUUCUGUGGAAUGUUGGAAAGGAUACUCAUUAAAUUGGAAAUGAAUAUACUAUUGAUGCUAAGUUAUGCAAAAUUGCACCACUUUAAUUAAGGCUUUUAGUUUACAUUUGGCCACCUCAAAGUAGUGUAACGUUAGGUUGGUCAAUUUAAAUACAGUCUUUAAACCCAAACAUUAAUGCAUAGAAAGCAACAAGGCAUUGUUAAAUAAACAGCAAUAAUUACUGAAUGUUAGGGCUUGUGACCAACUACACGUGAUUAAAAUUACUUCCCGCAUUCACAUCCACAGUAUUUGUCCACCAUCUAACAUCACAAUCAAAAUGUUGAAUGUGAAACAAUCACUAACAGGCAAAAGUACUAAACUUGUAUAUUUGGUAUUGCAAUUACACUUAAGCAUGAGCAAGCAAGGAAUUCACAGUGAGAAUCUACAGCCACAGAAGCUUGAAAAUGAUUUGUAAAAACUUAAAUCAUUUAAAUGUUGGAAAAUAUAUAUUUCUUGUUGUAGACCCCCCUGCUAUAACAGCUGUAAACAUUUUUCCCUAUCUAAACAAAAGAUGAAACAUAUAAUAAGAUUUGAAAACUCUGGACAUUUCCUUCCCAAUAUAUAGUUGAUUUAUUUAAGAGCCAGAGGCAGGAGGGCAGGCAGGCAGAGAACUUCUGCUGCAGGUUCACUAACCAGAUGCCUGCAAUGGGCCAGUGCAGGAUGGGCUGAAGCCAACACUCUGCUGUGGGUAACCAGGGUCUUAAAUACUAGGCCAAACAACUACCCCUGUUGCCAUUUAUUUAUUUGAAAGAGUUUUGCAGAGAGAGAGAGAGAGAGAGAGAGAGAGAGAGGUCUUCCAUCUGCUGGUUCACUCCCCAAUUGGCUGCAACAGCUGGAGCUGCAUUGAUCUGAAGCCAGGAGCCAGGAGCUUCUUCUGGGUCUCCCAUGCGGGUGCAGGGGCCCAAGGAUUUUAGCCAUCUUGUACUGCUUUCCCAGGCAAUAGCAGAGAGCUGGAUUGGAAGUGGAGCAGCUGGGAUGCGAACCAGCGCCCAUAUGGGAUGCCAGCACUGCAGGUGGUGGCUCUGCCUGCUAUGUCACAAUGUUAGCCCCUGUUGCCUUUUUUUUUUUUUUUUUUGACAGGCAGAAUGGAUAGUAAGAGAGAGAGACAGAAAGGUCUUCCUUUUCCGUUGGUUCACCCCCCAAUGGCUGCUGUGGCCCAAGGACCUGGGCCAUCCUCCACUGCACUCCCAGGCCACAGCAGAGAGCUGGACAGGAAGAAGAGCGACUGGGACAGAAUCUGGCGCCCCGGGUGGCACCGCCACAGGUGGAGGAUUAGCCUAUUGUGCCGCGGCACUGGCUUACUUUUGUGUUUAAGGUAGUCAGGGCUGAUUCUAAUAAAAUGACCUUAGAACAUACACACAAAAUAAGAAUGAAGGGAUUAGGAGUUUUUCUUCUCAGAUCUUUUUAUUUUUUAAGAUUUAUUUAUUUACUUGAAAGAGUUACACACACACACACACACACACACACACAGAGGUCCUCCAUCUGCUGGUUCACACUCCAGUUGGCCACGACAGCCGGAGCUGCACUGAUCUGAAGCCAGGAGCCAGGAGCUUCUUCCAGGUCUCCCACAUGGGUGCAGGGACCCAAGGACUUGGACCAUCUUCUACUGCUUUCCCAGGCCAUAGCAGAGAGCUGGAUCAUAAGUGGAAUAGCCAGGACUUGAACUGGCGCCCAUAUGGGAUGCCAGUAUGGCAGGCGGUGGCUUUAUAUGCUAUGCCACAGCACUGGUCCCCUCAGGUAGAUCUUUAAGUGCAAAAAAUUUGAUAUAGGAAAUAUGGUUUCAAAUAGCAUUGCGGAUCAGAACAAGCAAAUUGGGAGGAUGUCUGGAAAUAGUAAGGGCUGGAUUUUGAGGAACAUUGUGAGGCAUUUGACUUUCACGCAGAUGGGCAACAAUUGGGUCUGAUUUGUGUAUCAAAUGUACUACUCAGGCUGCUGGAUUGAGAAUAGAUGGUGAUAGUUGUAGGAAAUGAGAGAAAGACAAGAAUCAAAUUUAUUUCUACAUAUUUGAGUCUUGAGAGUUUUUACUUAGUUGGGAAAGGUUGGAGGAGAAUUGGGUUUAGGGGGAAUCUAGAGUUCUCUCUUUAGACAUGUUCAAUUUGAGAUACCUAACAGACCUUUGAAAAGUGCUGAGUAGACAAGAUGCACAAGUCUGGAAUUAAGGAGAGAGGCCUGGGUUGGAGUUGCAGAUGGAGUCUUAAGAGUAGAUGUGAUAUUUAAAACCUUGUGGUUGGAUGAAAUCACCUGAGAGAAGUGAAUGCAGAUGACGAAGGUAGAUGUCUAAAGAUCUAUCCUUGGGGCACCUUUAAAGUUUGGGAACAUGAAAUGGCUCCUGGCUUCGGAACGGCGCAGCGCCGGCCGUGGCAGCCGUUUGGGGGGUGAACCAACGGAAGGAAGACGUUUUUCUCUGUCUCUCUCUCUCUCUCUAACGCUGCCUGUCCAAAAAAAAAAAAAAAAGAA